GUUAUGGUAAAAAGAUCAAUGACUACAACGUUCCGCGAGAGUGCAUCCGGAAAUUCUUCCCCUCACGCAAGUGUUUUGUGUUCCCCUCCCCUACAACUCCUGACAACAUGCACCGACUGGACUCCAUGGACGAGGCUGAGCUUUCUGAAAGUUUCAGAGAGGUCGUAGAUACUUUCUGCAGCUUCAUUUACCAGGAAAGCCGUAUGAAGACUGUUAUAGGGGGACACACAUUGACCGGAGAGAUGCUGGGGCACUUGGUCACCACCUAUGUGGAGACCAUAGCCAAAGGCAAUGUGCCCUGUCUGGAGAAUGCAGUGCUGGCCAUGGCUAAAAUUGAGAACCAGGCUGCUGUGGAUGAGGGCCUGGCGGUGUACCAGAAGGGAAUGGAGGAUGUGAAGGCCUUAUUCCCGGUGGACAUCAAUCAGCUGUCAGAGAACCACCUUCGCUCAGAGACCGAGGCCACACAGACGUUCAUGAAGCGAUCUUUCAAAGACGAAAAUGAGGAGUUCUUGAAAGCUCUGGUGGAGGCCAUUAGUAACCACUUCGCCGACCUUUUCAAACAAAACAAGGAUGCCUCAGAGAAUAAGUGCAAGGCCCUUCUGGAGAAUCUGUCUGCUCAGAUGGAUCAGGGGAUGAAGGAGGGGACGUACGCCACACCAGGAGGCUAUGAGCUUUACUGCAAUCACCAUGACAACAUAGUGGCACAGUACCGGGCUGAGCCCAACAAAGGAGUCAGAGCUGAGGAGGUUCUGGAGCAGUUCCUGAAGGGAAAGAGUGCAGAGUCCAACUCCAUCCUGCAAGCUGACAAAAAACUGACGGAAAAUGAGAAAAAAAUCCAAGCUGAGAAGAAGAAAACAGCUGAGCUGGAGCAGGAGAAGGCAGCAUUCAAGGAGCAAAAAGCAGAGAUAGAGCGCAGAAUUGAGAACAUUGGCAAGGGCCAGGAGAAGUACUUGAAGGAGAUGAAAAAGAAGAUGGAGAAGGAGAGGAAGCAACAGCAGCAGGAGUUCGACAGGACCCUGGACCGCAGGAUGCAGGAGCAGGAAGAUCUCCCGGAGAAGGCUGAGCUAAUGAGACAAGAGAUCGAGGAGAUAAAGAAGAUGAAUCAAUUGGAAAUGGACGCCAUUACCCAGAAUCAGAAGGCUCUGCUGCAUGUCUACAAGCGGAAGGCUGCGGAACAUAAAAAACAGAUGAAUGCUUUAAUGGUGGUGCUCAACGAGAGAUCACAGGCCCACGUACAAGUAGUUGAACCACUCUGUAUGGUGAUGACACUGUUGUGUAUGCAACACUCUUGUGAUCCUUGUUGAACUGUGGAAUGUGUUUGAACAUUUGAAAGAGUUG